UUCCUUUCUCGUCAUUCAUAAAGACUUUCCAAGUGCCAACUGAUCAUGCCAGUGCAUGCAGGCUUUCUUUGUUCUUUCUAGUCCGUCCAUACUUACUUGAGUACCCGGAUUCGCUGGUCGUUUUCCCUUUGCAAGCCAUCCUCAGAUAUGUAUCUAAUAUCACCAUGAGAGCUUUCAACGGUAUCUUCAAUGAGGCCAUAACUACUUUCUCUAAUACUGUUGCAACUUGUUGCGGGUGGUCCCACGAGCAGCCUGCUUAUUAUGGCUCCGGGUCAGAAGCACGAACACGUACGAGCAGGCUCAUUGGUGAGGAAAGGAUGGUUCUCCAGGAAGGAGAGAAAGCGCCGGCCGCAGAUAUCCGCCCCUUCAAACUUUCGCCAUGUCUCUUCGGGUGGACCACGCUUUUCUGACCAUGAGGACACUCAACCGAGUUAUCGUCCUCGAUCUUUCCGCCCUCUGCAACUCAACAUGAACCGACUAUCGUCUAUGAUGCCCUACUUUGGUUACCCUAACCCGCCCGUCACUCCUCCUAACAGGGCUAUCGUCUCGUCGAGUGAUAGCGAUAAUACGUUAUCUCUCAAGUAUCAACAGAGUUCGUCGACUCUAUCUUUCAAUAUUCCACGCAAGCCUGCCAAUCCUGGGUCGAUUUUCGACUCGCCGCAGUCAGAUGGGAUUCGACGUCCUGCAGCUGCCCGGCUUAGGGCUCAGACUUCAACAGAGGGUCAGACUCCAGCUAUGAACGAACUCAUUGAGCGGGUAGCCACUGCUAUGCUAGAGCGGGACCAGUUGCAGGACCAAAUCGACGAUGUGGUGGAGAGGCAAAGCAUUCAUAUCAGCAGCAGGCCAUCCACGGCCAAUGGUCGUCGACCCAGUACUACUCGAUCUAUCCCUGAUGUCGAUAUGGAACCCAUGCCAGAGGUGCCAGCAUUGCCCAUGGCCGGACCCUCUUUCAGCGAGAGAUUAUCUUUCGAUCGUCCACGCCCUACACCAAUCAAGGUUGCGGCUUAUGGACCACCGCUCACAUCAGUGAGGCCCGCCGCUGCUCGAGCUCUGAAUUCUUAUACAGUGGCACCGGGCAGUCGACGAGUUGAAGGACGGGCGCCACCACCACCUCUGCCACUUCGUCUCCGCCCCCCGUUGAGGAAGAAGAAGUCUUUCUCGAGAGUUUCAAGUUGGCUCGGCUUUCCCGUAGACGUUUCUCAUCAACAUGGCCGAAAUGUGAGCCUCGACUCGAUCACGAACAAACCGCUUCCCGUUCUUUGGGACGGUGGGUUCUACGAAGUCGCAGCACCUGUUGGGACAAGGACGAGUUCCGACUCCGAUGAGACGGUCAGCGACUGGACAUCCGACGAUGAGAAGAUCGAGCAGCAGACACUCCCCACAAGCUGGAGCCCGAGUAGCAGCGCUACAGUCCGGGCUGUCGACCCGCCCAGGCCCGUCGUGCUCAGCCAGGCGCCCUGGCGCGAGAGUGUCGUCGGUGUUGCUUUUUGAGCAAUGAUUUUCAUGUUACUGCCUUUUUUUAUUAUUCAUCAUUCCCCUGUGUACUUUCUACAAGGCUUAUUUAAUAACUUGCAUCAUGAUACCACGAGCAAAGCUGGGCCACGCUUUGAACGAUAGACUUUUGGGACUGGCUGGUGAGGGGGGGGGGAACAUUCUGUGGCUAAAAUCUGGCGAGGCGGAUAUGAUGGAAAAGGAAACGUCGAUCAUGUCGAUUGAUCUUUAGGUCUGGGAGUUAUGGAGUCCGGGACUCUAACCUUGGAGGUUGCUUGCGGAUUUGAUACCCUGUUGACAGUGAUGUGUCGAAUC